UCCCGCGCUUCCUCCCCCCCUCCCCGCCCCACGUGCGGGGGCGCUCGGUCCCGCCGCCCCUUUCGCUUUCCCUUUCCCUUCCCAUUCCCGGUCCCGUUCCCCUUCCCCAUGGCGUCCCGGUGCAGCUUCUGGGCAGAGGACGAGGCGAACUGCUGCAGUUACGACUCCACCUGGGACGAGGACGAGGAGGAUGAGGAUGGCGGCGAGGAAGAAAGCGAAGCGGCGGGAGCGGAGGCGGCAGCCGGGGAGGAGCCGGAGGAUGCCGGGGAGCAGCCGGUGCAGAGCUGGGUGCCCAGCUCCUGGCAGGCCCAGUACCCAGCCUGGCGCAACUGGCAUGCGGCAGAAGAUUUGCAGAGGUACAGACACCACUACCCGGGCUUGAAAGAAUCAGAAGAUGUUGAUGAAGAAGAGAUGUGGAACUUAAACUUUUAUAAAAAUGAGAUUCAGUUUUUGCCCCGGGGUUUGCAUAUUGAAACUCUGCUUGAAACUUGGUGGGACAACUAUGAAGUUCUGGAACAAAACCACUCUUACAUACAAUGGCUCUUCCCUUUACGUGAGCGUGGGGUGAACUUGCGUGCCAGACAACUCACGUGUCAAGAAAUCCAGGCCUUUAAGAAGUCUGAGGAAGUUAUGCAAAGGUUUGUACGUGCUUAUCAGCUGAUGCUGAGGUUUUAUGGGAUUGAUCUGGUCAACAAGGAAACUGGAGAACUUAAAAGAGCAGAGAAUUGGGCUGAACGGUUUCGAAACUUGAACAGGUACAGCCACAACAACUUGCGGAUUACCCGCAUCCUGAAGUGCCUGGGGGAGAUGGGCUAUGAACACUACCAGUACCACUUGGUGAAGUUUUUCCUCAGAGAAACUCUCGUUGAGGAAACGUUACCAAAUGUCAAGAGAAGUGCCUUGGAUUACUUCCUGUUCACCCUCAGAAGCAAACAGAAGAGGAGAGAACUGGUUCACUACGCCUGGCAACACUUCAAACCUCGGAGUGAAUUUGUGUGGGGACCACAGGACAAACUCUUGAAGUACAGACCACACCUCACCAAGUCACAGCUCCACCAAAAGGCUGAAGAUAAACAGGAAACUCCUGGCAAAAACAGUGAUGAUUCUGUGGAAAAAGAUCAGAACCAGUCCCCAGCAGAAGAGCAGAAAGCUGGAGAUGCUGUAGACUUGGUGCCUGGAGGGAAUGAUGGAGAUGUAAAAGAAAAGCCAAAUGAAUGCCCUGCAAAGGGAGGGGAUGGGGAAGAGGAGCAGCAGGAGGAGAAGGAUUUAAACAGUGAGGCUGAAGAAGUGCUGGGUAUGGCAGAGAAUGAUUGCACAAAGGAGAGCAAGAAGAGAAAACUGGGUGCAAAUAUGGCAGACUCCACAAAGAGUGCUCCUCUGAAAAGCCCUCCUGAUAUUGAGAAGAUUUCCCGUAACCUGGGAGAAUGUGCAAUUGAUGCAGAAAUCACCUCCUCGGGUUCACUGGUACAAGCAGAAGAGGAUCAGGAACCACAGAAGGAAGAUAAUGCAAAUACUAAAGACUCAGCAGUGCCAGAGGCCAGUGAUGCAACUGCAAAACGGAGGAGAGUGGAUAAAAGGCCCCCCAGAAACAAAUGCAGCUUGGCCAUAAACCUGAGCAUGGGGUUGUCUGCUUCUAGUGCCAAUUUAAAUCCAUCUGUUACAAACAGUGAAUCUGAAAAAGAAAAUGUCUGUGAGAAAAAUGCAACUGUAGAAGCACCAAGUGAGAAGGGUGAGGGUAAUGCAAAUGGUGUGGGAAGCUUGGAACCAGCCAAGGGUCUCAAGACUGGCAGGACUUCUCCAAUAAAUAGUGGCUUGGAGUCAAGUGGAGAUGAAGUCCCAGCAAAGAAUGAUCAGCACCACUGCAGCAGCCCACUCCUGGGUGGCAAAGAUGUGGUAGAUGGGGUAGAACAGCCUCAAACCACAGGAAAUGAGAGUGGAAAAGGGGAAGCAGAAGUCACAGACAAGAAACAAGUUCUAGAGAGUGUUGAGCAGAACAUGGCAUCCUCUUGUCCAGAAGAAGACAGUGCUGAGGCUACAAAACAAAAACCUGAAAGCUCUGAGCAUGCAGCAGAACCCAGUGAAGAGCAGGUGGCAGCAGAAUGAGACCAGCAGAGUGGGAACUCAAGGAAAUGACAGAGCCCUAACUCCAUCUGUAGUGAUUGGGAUAGCAGAAGUACAGGGAAGAAUAAACUGAUCCAGCCUUUGUCUGACUUUCACCUUUCCUUGCUUUUUUAGUAUCACCUGGAGUACUUCACUGAGGUUGAUUAUCCUAAAGAAGAAAACUAAUUUAGUCUUCUUCACAGGCAGGCUGUGUCCUGUUCCUGUUUUUUAUCUGAUGUUCAGGACUAUCUUGCAGUAACAGGGGGUUUUGCACUUUGCUUUGGUUCUGUCUCUUCUUCAAGAGAAGAGGAAAACUAUAAUGUUUCCUUGUUUGAACUAGCUGAGUAUUUAUUAAACACAUGAUUUUUAGUGUUAUUGACAGCAUGACCUAAUUUGCCAGGCUCCUUUCUGUUACCCUGUAACUUCUGUUUGUUAUUUUGAAAGGUGGUACCUUCCCAGGAGGAUUAUUCCUGGCAAAGAUUCUGCUUUUUAGGGCAGGAAUCAUUCUUUUUGUGGCAUUUUGCUUGAAAGAGAUGAGUAUUUGCAUUUUACAUCAUGUAAGAGUGUAGUUGCCUCUCCUCCUGUAAAGAAAAUAGAUUUGGUUUUAGAGUGGGGUGAAACAAGUGGUGUCUCUGACCAGUGUUCACCUUGAGUUACAGAUACACACCUUUGGGCACUGUUCUGUAGGGUGUAAAGUGCUGCUUAAUUUGCUCCAUUUAUCCCCUGCAGAAGUUGUUUUGUGGCACUUGUUAAAGCUGAAAAUAUGAAUAAUCUACUGGUUUCAAAGAGAAAAACCUUCAGACAUCACCUAAAGCUGCCUUGAGCUCUUCUUCCUCAGGUUUUCCAACAUUUUCACACCCUUGAUUCCACAGAUACUGAUGCCCACUACUGGCUCAAAGGCCUUCUUUUAAUUGCCAAAAUGAAGCAGGUAUUUGGCACUGCAGCUUUUCAAGCUCUGCCAUUAAUUUUCAGCAGUCUUUGGGACUCUCUUUUCUGCAGCCCCUUUCCAUGAAGUGAGAUGUGUCAAAUUUAUCCUGCUUCCCAGCUAAAUCAGGGCUGUUCUACCAUUAAUGGUCAGCAUGUCAAGACAGUGAGGGCACAUUAAUGUGAACAUGUCUGAAAACCAUUGGGUUUUGUGGGCAGUUAAUUGAAACUUUAAUUGGAGGGGCUACGCUUGUCUGGUUCAUUUAUUUACAGCCCUCCAGGAUUUACUUUCAGACCUUGCCAGCUAUUUCCCUGCCUUAAUGUUGCUGACCUCCCUGGUAGCUGUUCUGCCUGAUUUAGACAGGAUUCAACCAAGGCUGAAAAGAGUGUUAAGCAAUUCAGCACUUUCAUUCCUAGAGGUUUACAGCAGAGGAUUUGCCAGUCCAUUCCCAGAAGGUCUGGACUUCCAGAUAUUUUGGUUUAGUUUGGAGGUUUUUAGGUGCUGUUUGUUUUGGGUAGGAGAUGGCCAGAGGCUUGUCCACCUUGCCAGAGGUGGCAGUCUUAAUGUUUUUCCUCUGUCAGCUACAGCUCCUUAAGAAGCUUCAUUUUUCAAGGGAUUUGAUGGGAUUUUCCUUCCCAAUGUCAAGGUCUUGGUCCAGCUUGUGUGUGGGAAUAAAAGCCUUGCAAGUGUAACAUCUGAUGGUCAUGAUCACACACAUGCUGGAGAAAGGCUUUAAUGGUUUAAAAGUACUUUUUGAAUUGUUAUUAUGAACCAAUGGAGCUAAGUAGCCAAUGGGAAUACACUUUAUGACAGGUAUAAAUACCCUUAAGAUGCUGAGUGAAAAACCUUUCAUUAAAAAAACUUAUAAGGAAGUGUUAAUCAAGGCUUUUGUGCAGAUUUAUAGUAAUUUUCUUAUUUAAUGAAGUUUUCAUUGUGAGUAUGUGCUCAGCUGGGGCACAGAGCACAUAUCUGGUUGCAGUGCUUGUUUCUGUGUUUGGGAUUUCCCUGUGAGCCCCAGUAUGGAGUGUUCAACCCAAACCCUCCCCUGUCAUGCCCAGGUUUGGGGUUUGGGCUGUAGGUGUUUGCAGUGAGGAGUUUUCAGGAUGUUUUCCAAGAAGAGCCAGAGCUGUGUCACAGAACUUGUUGUGUUGAUGUCACCUAUUAAAGCAUGGCUUGAUUUCA